UAAAUAAAUCAUGGGUAUAGGUCUUGAUAGAAUUAGCAACCUGCCUGACUCCAUCCUUGAGUUCAUCCUCUCUCUUGUACCUCUUAAAUCAGCAGUAAGGACUAGCAUCCUUGCAAAGAGAUGGAGAAAUUUAUGGCUAUACAAAUUAUCUUCAACCUUUGUGCUGGAUUUCGAUGAGGAAUUCUCGGGCAGUCAAUCGCCGACUGAGUUUGUGACUGUUGUAGACCGUUAUCUGCAACUCUGCAGCAACGAUAAACUCGAAAGGCUUCGGAUUUUCUUUUGCCCAUUUGAUAGGUUUGCACCCAAUAUUGAGAGGUGGGUCAAAUUUGCAGAAACAAAGGGAGUUCAAGAGCUCGAUCUUGAUUUAUCUCAAGGUCACAGAGAUCCCCGUAAUGGAGAAUUCACUGACGAAAGAAAACCAUUUAAGUUGCCAGCUUCACUGUUCGGUUGUGAAUCAUUAACCAAUUUGAGUUUGAGCCGUUGUGAUUUCUGCACACCAUCAGAGUUCAAAAGAUUGGGCUGUCUCAGGUUGCUAAUUCUUAGUCAUGUCAACAUAAAUGAUGACAUGCUUCAAAGUAUUCUAACAGAAUGUCCAAUUCUUGAAAGCUUGAGCUUAAAAAACUGUAGCCAACUCAGGAACGUUCACGUAUCAGGUGACGACCUUAGACUCGAGAGGUUUACUAUGGUGGAUUGUCUUAAAGUCUAUUACCUGGAGAUUUCUGCUCCGAAACUACAAUCUUUGAUUCUAUUUGGGAAUCUCAACUUUAUGUUUAGAUUCAUUGAUAUCUCCUCCUUAGUAGAUGCUUUCUUAUCUUCAAUUGGUAGAGAGACAUAUGGCAACUGCACAAUGUUUCUACCUGACUUAGCUCAUGUCAAGAUCCUUUCCUUCGCUCUAUCUUAUGUUGCAGAAUUUGAGGAGCCCGAAGAAAACGAAGCAGAAUUCACAAUCCCAUUACCAAACCUGCAAGAACUGCAGAUGUUGGUAGAUGUAAUGAGUGAAGAAAACAUCUCCCAAAUCUAUAGAUUCUUUCAUAUAUAUCCAUCUCCGUUCCUUGAGAAACUUUUAAUUAGACUCCCCGGAUACUUGGAAGAUCCAACUGGCACAGAGUAUAUACCAACGGCAUUGAACCAACCAACAAAUGUCGUCUUCGACCAUCUGAAGGAGAUUAAACUGAGCAACUUCAGAGGAUGCAUAUUAGAAAUGCGACUGGUGAAGUUUCUUUUAGAGAAAGCAAUUACAUUAGAACGCUUGGUGCUUAUUGCACCACCCAUGGAGCUAAAUGAAGGGAUUAAGAGCGAUCAGGUUGGUUUAUCAUUACAGUCUAAAUUUAGUGAGAGGAUCGGUUUGAGGAUUAUACGUGGGCAACUGUCCACACUACCCAAGGCCUCUUUAAAUGUCAGCAUCGUGGUGCAAGAAUUUUUUGAAGACGAUAUGAGCUUAAAUCCAGUACAUAGGGAGGUUUAUUGUGAGCAAAGCUUCUCCUCCAUACAGAAAAUGUUUGAGCCUUCUUUCGAAGAAUUUGUUAGCGCACAAUCAGAAUUCCUCUGAAUAUGGUGCUUAUAUUAUUUUUGA